AUGAACACAAGACUUCCUGGAACACUUGACUUCCGGGGAACACAGGACUUCCAGGGACACAGGACUUCCAGGAACACUGUACUUCUGGGAACACAGGACUUCUGGGAACACAGGACAUCGAGGAACACAGGACUUCUGGCAAACACAGGACUUCCAGGAACACAGGACUUCUGGGAACACAGGACUUCCGGUAACAGAGGACUACUGGGGACACAGGACUUCCAGGAACACAGGACUUCUGGGAACACAGGACUUCCAGGAACACCGGACUUCCAGGAACACAGGACUUCUGGGAACACAGGACUUCCGGUAACAGAGGACUACUGGGGACACAGGACUUCCAGGAACACCGGACUUCAGGGAAACACAGGACUUCUGGGGACACAGGACUUCUGGGAAACACAGGACUUCCAGGAACACCGGACUUCAGGGAAACACAGGACUUCUGGGAAACACAGGACUUCCAGGAAACACAGGACUUCCAGGAAACACAGGACUUCCAGGAAACACAGGACUUCCAGGAAGCACUGGACUUCCAGGAAACACAGGACUUCCAGGAAGCACUGGACUUCCAGGAACACAGGACUUCCAGGAAACACAGGACUUCCAGGAAACACAGGACUUCCAGGAAGCACUGGACUUCCAGGAACACAGGACUUCUGGGAACACAGGACUUCCAGGAACACCGGACUUCAGGGAAACACAGGACUUCUGGGGAACACAGGACUUCCGGUAACAGAGGACUACUGGGGACACAGGACUUCCAGGAACACUGGACUUCUGGGAACACAGGACUUCCAGGAACACCGGACUUCAGGGAAACACAGGACUUCUGGGGAACACAGGACUUCCGGUAACAGAGGACUACUGGGGACACAGGACUUCCAGGAACACAGGACUUCCAGGAACACAGGACUUCUGGGGAACACAGGACUUCCGAGGACACAGGACUUCCAGGGACACAGGACUUCUGGGGACACAGGACUUCCGGGAACACAGGACUUCCAGGGACACAGGACUUCCGGGAACACAGGACUUCCAGGGACACAGGACUUCCGGGGACACAGGACUUCCGGGGACACAGGACUUCCGGGGACACAGGACUUCCAGGAACACAGGACUUCCGAGGACACAGGACUUCCAGUCUAA